ACCAGGCUGAGGGUGUUGCUGCCUUGAGAGCUUUUCACUGGUCUUUACGUGUCACGCACUACAGCGCACUACAGUACUACAGUGCUGCCGACCAUGGCCUCUACCCUGGAGAAGUUCAUUCAUUCUCUGGACAUCAGAGCCCUUCCCAGAGUCCUUCAAAUCCAGUCAGGCAUCUAUUGUCAAGGCUCUGUCUAUGAGAUGUUUGGAAACGAAUGCUCCCUGUCAACAGAAGAAGUCAUUAAAGUUAUUGGCUUCAAAAUUAAUAAGCUCAUAGCAAGUAUCUGUGAGAAUAAUGAAGUCAGCCAGUUUUCAGCCAAAGUGGAAUUACCACUAAAUUUUCCUGGUCUUUAUAAAGUUGUGGCAGAUAAGACCCCAUAUGUCAGCAUUGAAGAGAUUGUAAGAAAGGUCUCUAUUGGGCCAGCAAGGUUUGGCCAUCCUUGUUUCUACAGCACUGAGGAUAUACAAUUGGCAAACUUCACUAUCAAACAUGAUGAGCAGAUCACCUUCAACUCAGUGGAAGAAGUCCAUGGAACAAUGGCUGUGAACUGUGUCGUGGUCAGAAAUAACCAGUCUCAUUCCUUUACUUUGCCCCUUUCACAAGAAGGAGAAUUCUACGAGUGUGAAGAUGACCAGAUAUACACCCUAAAAGAGAUUGCAGAGUGGAAAAUCCCUAAGUGUAGAAACCGGAUUGUUAAACUUUCCAAUACUUUACAUAUGUGGGACGCCUCUAGUCCACUUCCUGAGAAUUUUGAUGGCUGUUUGAUUCUCAUGCCUGUCUACGAAGUGCAGGCAGUAACGAAAUUUCGAAAGGACAUAGUUCAUAUUCUCUCAGAUCUGGAUGUUGAGGUCAAGGAUGUAACAGACUGUUAUGAUAUUAGCUCUUUCCUUCAGCCACUUUCUUUGGAAGAUAUAUUUGAGAGAACAAACAAAGACUUUCCUAUGGUUGCUGAGAUAAUGGAAGGGCCUUCGGGAAGCCAAAAACCUUAUAACUUAUUGUCUGCAGGGAAAGAGAUUGUCAUCUACAAAAAGUACCAGGCAGCAAGAGUCCUAGCCUCUGAGAUGAGAAGUGAUUCCUCCAAAAGACAUUAUUUAAUCCCUAUGAGCUACAAAGGAAAGUUCAAGAGAAGGCCUCGGGAGUUUCCAACUGCCUAUGACUUAGAGAUAGCAAGAAGUGAAAAAGAACAUCUUCAUGUUGUAGCAACUAAAGCCUUUUCUUCCCCUUUUAAAGAGCUUUUAUCUGUUUCAGUUGGAGAUCAAUUUCUAGUUCAGCAAUGCCAGACUAGUGAAGUUCUGUAUGAGGGAAGAAAGAAACUCAUAGAUGUUUUAGCUUGUGACCAAAUACUUAGUGAUUCAUAUAAAAAAGUGCUCCUCCCCAUGUACAUGGAAGGUGGCUUUGUGGAAGUGAUUCAUGACAAGAAACAGUACCACCUUUCUGAGAUUUGCAAAGAAUUCCAUUUGCCUUUCAAUGUCAAAGUGUCUGUGAGGGACCUUUCCAUCGAGAAGGAUGUCUUGGCUGCCGCACCUGGUCUUCAGUUUGAAGAAGAAAUCACAGACUCUUACUUGCUGAUCAGUAGUGCCAGUAGUCCAGCAGAGAGCUGGGAGAUCCCUGUGUAUCGCUUAAACAUGCUGGUCCAUUUGCUCAGCAAAGAUGUCCAGACAGUUGUACCACCUGUGACUAGGACAACAGUGGAAGAAGUCAGCAAAGAGGAAUACUAUAUGUUGCGAAGAUAUGAAAACCUGACCCUUCAUCCACCACCCAGGCCUCCCAAAAAGCCAACAGCAGCACCACCACCACCUAUUUUUGCAGUGCCUAAGCAAGGUGUGUCUGAUGUACAACAGGCUCCAAAGAAUUUCUACAUAGACACCACCAAGAAAUUGUGCUCAAAUCAAGCUGCUGAUGUUUUGGAAUUGCAAGUUAGUUGUCAAAAUGAUGUGGUGCAUCGUGAGAAUAAGGACAUGACUGGGAAAGCUACACUAGUGGAAACCACUGUGACUAAAGGCCUAGCAAGAAACUAUGAGGCAGAAGAGGAAGAGGAAGAAGAGCAUGACUACAGUUAUAUUGAUGAAAACAUAGUUGAAAACAUAAGAAAAGUAUUUCAUGACACCAGCAUUAGAAAUGAGCAUUCACUGUCCAGAGGAAGAAGAGACAUCUAAAGAAAAAUAAUUCUGUAAUGAACUGGAAACAAGUAGAAAACUGUGUCCUCACAUCAAGAC